UCAAGGGGGCGACGUUGUUACGCCGACGCUGCCCGUGUAGGAAGCGCUCGGCAAGCACCGCGUCUCAGUCCGCGCGCCGUCCGCGAACAUGGCGUCCGGACCGUCACCGGUCUGAGCGUCCGGGCACCUCCGUCCGUCACCGGUCUGAGCGUCGACGCGCAUCUGACGAGUUCUGACGUCUCGUCUUCGCCAUGGAGGACCACUUCCCCCCCGAGGGCGACAGGAUGGAAGCGUGGCUGGACGACCACUUGGACUUUACGCACUCCUACUUCAUCCGGAAGGCUUCCAGGGAGAUGGUGAACGCCUGGUUCGCUGAGCGCGUCCACACCAUUCAGCCGUCUGCCUCCAAGGAAGCGGCCCCCCUGCAGCGCACCCACCAGCAUCCCGUGGACACAUCCGCCUCGCCCACCUCCGCCGCCUCCGCCGCCGCCUCCGCCAUCCUCUCGUCCGCCCUCGACGGCCGCUGCCCUUCCCCGGCCACGGCCCCCAGCCCGGUGCCUGGCACCCCCACCCGCAAGAUCUCCGCGUCCGAGUUUGACCGGCCUCUCCGGCCCAUCGUGGUGAAGGACUCCGAGGGCUCGCUGACCUUCCUGAGCGACGCCGAUCGGGAGCCCGUGCCUGUCCGUGCUCAGGUGAUGGGGGAGGGCAGCGACGGAGGCGGCGGCGGCAGGACGGGUCGGGCUGGCGGGGGGGACCGCUGCACCAGGCUGCUGGAGCUGGUCAAGGACGUGUCCAGCCACCUGGACGUGACCGCGCUCUGCCACAAGAUCUUCCUGCACAUCAACGAGCUGAUCGCCGCCGACCGAUACUCCCUGUUUCUGGUAGGUGAGGACAGCUCCAACACCAAGUUCCUGGUCAGCCGUCUGUUCGACGUGGCCGAGGGUUCGACGCUUGAGGAAUCCUCCAAUAGCUGCAUCCGCCUUGACUGGAACAAGGGCAUUGUGGGCCACGUGGCCGCCACAGGCCAAGCCCUCAACAUCAAGAACGCGUAUGAGGCAGCCACAGUUCCAUCGGCACAGUCACUGCGUCUGCUGGACUUCAGCUUCAGCGACUUCGAGCUGUCGGACCUGGAGACCACCCUUGCCACGGUGCGCAUGUUUGUGGACCUCAGCCUGGUGCAGAACUUCCAGAUGAAGUACACGAGUCUCUGCCAGUGGAUUCUCAGCGUGAAGAAGAACUACAGGAAGAACGUGGCCUAUCACAACUGGAGACACGCCUUCAACACCUGCCAGUGCAUGUUCGCCUUCCUGAAAUCGGGCCGACUGCAGGGUAAUCUGAGCGAUCUGGAGGUGCUGGCUCUGAUGAUCGCCACUCUCUGCCAUGACCUCGACCACAGGGGAGUCAACAACUCCUACAUACAGAGGAGUGACCACCCCCUCGCCCAGCUGUACUGUCACUCCACCAUGGAGCACCACCACUUUGACCAGUGCCUCAUGAUCCUGAACAGCCCAGGGAACCAGAUCCUGAGCGGUCUGUCGCUGGACGAGUACAAGGCCACUCUGAAGAUGAUCGAGAGGGCUAUUCUGGCCACCGACCUGGCCCUGUACAUCAAGAGGCGGGAGGAGUUCUUCGAGCUGACCAAGAACAGCCAGUUUGUGUGGGAGGACGAGCAACACAGAGAGCUGCUGAGGUCCAUGCUGAUGACUGCAUGCGACAUCUCUGCCAUCACCAAGCCCUGGCCCGUGCAAAAGAGGAUUGCCGAGCUGGUGGCCACGGAGUUCUUUGAACAGGGGGACAAGGAGAGACAAGAGCUCAACAUCGAGCCCAUUGAUCUGAUGAAUCGUGAGAAGAAAGACAAGAUUCCCAGCAUGCAGGUGUCAUUUAUCGAUGCCAUCUGCACGCAGCUAUAUGAGACCCUGGCCGGCUUGUCGGAGCAUUGUUCCCCGCUGCUGGAGGGCUGUCGGAGGAACAGGCAGCAUUGGAAGCGUUUGGCUGAGGAGGGCGAGAAGGACCUCGUCAACGGCAUGGUGUGAAGCUGAAACCGGCUACACCGGCCACAACCCCUCCCCUCCCCCCCCACACACACACACACCACCACCACCACCAUUACCGUCUCAUUGCUGUCACUCACCAGAGACAAUAACACUAAGCUAUAUUUAUUAUCAUAGCUAUUUUUUCAACUUUUUGCACAGAGAUUUCAUCUUGGAAGUCGUCCGCUGUCCCUAAGCGAUAGUGGAAGUUUUUGGGAGAUGAGAGAACACUGAAAGGAGGCUGGGGUGCGAGUGGCUCCGUACAGGUUAGGAAUAAAACCCCUAACAGUAGAAUACACGCGAUGUUGUAUUUAUGAUAUGCUUUGAAAUAGUAUCACAAAUAACCCGAUAAGCUUCUUAAGAUAUAACUUGGUAUCAGUCACACCACAUACUCUACACUACGAAGAUUUAAGUCUUUUUGUAACUUUUUUUUUUCUUCCACCGAUUGUCUUAACUAUUGCAUAUUUAUUUUGUUUUAUAUAUUUAUUAGAAUUUCUAUACUGUACGUUCGUUUUCUGAAGAGCACACGCAAGUCUUUAUAGGAAAUGUAGUUUUAUUACCAAACGACCCCCGCCUCAGAUUUCGACGGCUCUUUAUGGUGAACGUCCUUUUCGAUGUUCAUAAAACGGGGCUUGUUUUAAUUUGUAUCCUUCGGAGAGAAAAACAAAAAAAAAAAGUCGUUUAUUUUUGCAAAAUGUAACAGAGCCAAAGACGAGCCCUGUUUGAGACGAGAAUUUGGUCUAGAAUAUUUCACUGCCUUUUUUCAUAU